ACAGCUUAAUAUAGAGGUUACACCCAGUGUCCACGUUAUUAGAAUAUUCGCCAAGAAAAUUACUUUCAUUUAUGGUGACAAACUUAACUUGGAAUAACUAUCCUAUUUUCCAAUAAUGGCUCGAUACGGCCAGCGACCAGAAAACGCUUUAAAACGCGCAAAUGAAUUUAUCGAAGUGGGAAAACCUGCAAGAGCCCUGGAUACGUUGCAGGAAGUUUUCCGCAACAAAAAAUGGGCCUACAAUUGGUCAGAAUCGGUGCUGGAACCGAUUAUGUUCAAGUAUUUAGAUCUCUGUGUGGAACUGAAAAAGUCUCAUAUUGCAAAAGAAGGCCUUUUCCAGUAUCGAAAUAUGUUUCAGUCAGUCAAUGUUGGUUCGUUGGAAAAUGUUAUUCGAGGUUAUUUAAGAAUGGCUGAAGAAAAAACAGAGAAUGCAAGAGAGCAAUCAGCUCAAGCAGUUAUCGAUAUAGAUGAUUUAGAUAAUUUAGCAACUCCCGAAAGCAUUCUUUUAAGUGCUGUAUCUGGCGAAGAUGCACAGGAUCGUUCAGAUCGCACUAUAUUGACACCAUGGGUUAAGUUUCUGUGGGAGUCCUAUUGUCAGUGCUUAGAACUAUUACGGACAAAUGCUCAUGUUGAAAAUUUGUAUCACGAUAUAGCUAGAAUGGCAUUUCAAUUUUGCCUUAAGUACAACAGAAAAACUGAGUUUCGCAAAUUAUGUGACAAGUUAAGGAAGCAUCUUGAAGAUAUUUGCAAGUUGCCUGCUUUGGUGGCAAAUGUUUCAAUGUCUAAGCCUGAGACCCAGCAACUAAACCUGGAGACCAGAUUGCACCAACUGGAUUAUGCUAUUCAAAUGGAACUGUGGCAAGAGGCUUACAAAGCUAUAGAAGACAUCCACAAUUUAAUGAAUCUUUCCAAGAAAAUGCCUGUUCCCAAAACAAUGGCAAACUACUAUCAAAAGCUAGCUAUGGUAUUCUGGAAAGCAGGAAACUAUCUUUUCCAUGCUGCUGCUUUAUUUAAACUACUUCAAUUGAGCAAGGAAAUGAAGAAAAACAUUACACACGAGGAAUUACAGAGAAUGGCUUGCAGAGUAUUGUUGGCCACUUUGGCUAUUCCACUACCAUCAGCUCAUCCGGAAUUUGAUAGAUUUAUUGAAACUGACAAAUCUCCUUUAGAAAAAGCGCAAAGAUUAGCGGUUCUCUUAGGAUUAUUUCAGCCGCCUACCAGGGCAAGUCUCUUAAAAGAUUUGGUUCGAGUAAAUGUUGUCAAUUUGGCCACUCCCCAACUUCAAGACCUUUAUCGUUGGUUGGAAGUAGAAUUUGAUCCACUGAAUUUAAGCUCCCGAGUGCAUAGUGUUAUAGAGCAGAUCCAGGCAGAUGAGAAUAGCUCUGCUUUGCAGCAAUAUAUUCCUGCCCUGCAGGAUGUGACUUUGGUCAGGCUUGUUAGACAAGUGGCGCAGGUGUAUCAGACAAUACAGUUUGCACGACUCCUAGACCUUGCCAAGUUUGCUAACUCAUUUCAUCUAGAAAGGCUGUUGGUUGAUUGCGUUAGACAUAAUGAUAUGCAGAUUAGAAUAGACCACGGAAAGCAAUGUAUUCAUUUCGGCAUUGAUUUGAGCGAAAGUCAACGCGAGGAUAAACCUGAAGGACCAACUUUGCAAGUCAUGCCCAGCGAGCAAGUUCGCAAUCAGUUAGUUGAUAUGUCAACUGUGUUAAAUCAAGCCAUUCAUAUAAUUAACCCAAAUAAAAAGAAGAUGGAAAGAGAGAAGAUUCGAACUGCAAUGGUGCAAAAUUAUCAUGAAACCAAGGUGAAGGAACACCAAAAAAUCUUGCAGAGGCACAAAAUCAUAGAAGAUCGAAAGGAGUAUAUAGAAAGAUUGAUCACUGUCCGUGAGGAAGAAGAACUUAAGAGGAUUGAAGAAUUGCAAAGACAGAUGAUCCUGGCUGAGCAAAAAAGAUUGGAGCAGGAAAGAGAAGAACGGGAACGCAAACGUGCGUUGAAUGAAAUUCAACAGAUUAAAGACCGCCACCUUAAAGAAAAAUUGCAACAAAUAAGUCAAACUGGUCAUGGGCAAAAGAUUCUUAAGAAAUUGGAUGAAGAUGAUAUUAAAAAGCUUGAUGCUGAUCAGAUCGCUGCCAAGGAGGCUGAGGAACUGCAGAAAGAAAAAAGGGAACUGCAAGCUAAAUUGAAAUCUCAGGAAAAGAAGGUGGAUUAUUUUGAAAGAGCAAAACGAUUGGAAGAAAUUCCUCUGUUGCAAGAGAGUUUAAAAGAACGCCAGCUACAGGAUCAGAACUUCUGGGAGCAACAGGAGAGGGAAAGAAUCGCAGCUGCUAUUGAAGAGCGCAGAUUGGCUGUAAUGACGAGGGAUAGAUUAGCACGUAUGAAGGUUGACAAGGAUGAGUUCCUGGCCAAACUCAAGAAAGAGCGGAAUAUUUUAUAUGAAGACAAAUUGAAGGAAUUUGAGAAACAUCUGGCAGUGGAGAGAAGUAAGAGGUUGGCCGAAAGGAAGGCUAAGCGUAAGGAGGAAAGACGUCGUAAGUACCUCAAAGAGAAGGAAGAGGAAGAGGAGAGAAAAAGAGAGGAACAACGCAGGCUAGAAGAAGAGGAACGCCAGGCGCGUGAAGAAAAGGAACGCAAGGAGCGAGAAGAAAAAGAACGAUUGGAACGAGAGAAGCGAGAAGAGGAGAUGAGAUUGAAGCAGGAAAUGUUAGACCGUGCAGCGGCCAAACAAAAACAGAGGGAGGAAGAGAUAGAAAGAAAGUUGAAAGAGGAAAAGGAGAAAGAAAAGACGGGUAACGUUUGGAGAAGAAACGACAAGGAAGUGACUGCAAAAAAGCCGGAGUUGGGGUCUUGGAGAGCCAGCGGCUCAGGCGAUAAAGAUAAAGAUGAGAAAAAGACGGAUGUUUGGACACCCAGACAUCGCAUGGAAGAUCGUGGUGGUGACAACUGGCGGCGUGAGGAUAAGGAAAGAAAACGAGAUGAUCAUCAUGAUCGUGAGCGAGACCAAUUCAAAGAGAAAUAUGAAGAUUCUGACCGGCCAAGAGAUCGCCGUGAAAUUAGUAGAAGUGGAUAUGAGAGGGAAAGAGCUUAUGAUAGAGCUCCUGAUAGAAUUCGCAGAGAUGACAGAGAUGGUGGGAGAAAUUUUGAAAGAGAAGGCCCCAAGACCUUUGAUAGAGAGGGAGGCAGAGAUUCUGGAAGGGAUGACAGGGAGAAAAAGCCUGAAUCUGGUGUUUGGCGAGCACGGACUAUGGGCGAUGAGGCACCCCGUCGCAGCACUGGACUUCCGCCACCUGGCAGGGGGAUUUCUCGCGACGGAGGGGGUGUAGGAGAAUGGCAUAAAGAUGGCCCUCGGCGAGAUGAACCUAUAAGAAGAGGUGCCACGGAUGAGAGAAAGGCUGCUCCUUCACCAAAGGAAAAACCUGCUCAAGAGCAAGGUUCAGGAGAGGAAGAUGGUUGGUCCACAGUCCGGAACCGGCGUUAGGUCAUUUAUCAUAAUCCAAGCUUAUAUAAUGGAAAAUGGUGGUAGUGUGAAAAUAUUAUCAAAGGGAUAGUUUAUUGCCUAGCUAACCUAAAACCAAUAAUAUGUAAACCUUAUUCAAUAAAUUGAUUUUUGCCUAGACUUAUUUAAGUUUUU